UUACUGACAUCUGCUAGUAGCAGAGCCAGUAGUAUACAUCUCAGCUUUCUCGUCAUCGUAUUUCUCCCACCGAAACUCUUCAUAGAGAGCUGGUGAUAUCCAUAUUUAUUUUCUGACUCACGAAGACCUCUUUAAAAAAGAGCCAGUGAUUAGUGGCCCUUUGUAUGACCCACUGACUCACUGAGACUACUCUUUUAAGAGAGCUAGUGGUAUCCGUAUUCCCUCUUAUCCUUCUAUCCGCUUAUUGUCGCCAGUAAAUUCACCAUGAGUUUCAUUGGCAACAACGGCUUCGGCCAACAGCGCGGUGUUCCGGCUUGCGGAUUUCAGCAUGCACAGUUUAACCACAAUAGUACUGUCAUGGGAUCGAAUGGACACGGGCCCGCUAACAACAAGGGUGGUUGUAGGAAGGGCAACGGCCGAUGUGGCAAGCAGCGCCCUGCUGCUCGUAACAACAACAGCAACCAGGGGCAUAAAGGCCGUCGGGCCCAGAGAAUCCAGAGCUGGAAACAAGGCCAGAACCAACGGGCUGAGAACUGUACCGGCAACCAGCUCCAUACUUACGAUCAACCCCAGCCCAAGAACCAGAACCAGAAUCCGAAUGGGUUGAGACGGACUGCCACUGCCCCCGCUCGCAGCAACCGCAGGAAUAGCCGGAGGUUCAAUCCGAUCCCCGUCAAUAACCAGGGCUUUCUCACUGGCCCCCGUGGCAGACGUGCCAAGACCAGUCCCUGGGAUGGGGAUAAUGUUAUGCGUCAUGCACUGCGCAUCAAGAGGCCUGGAAGCCGCUCCAUUGAAGACGUUUUUAUGAUUGAUACUCCCCCAGUCGUCAAGCAGCAGCCAAUCUGGCAAGAAGAUGCAGACGUGGCAAUGCAAGAUGCACCACCACUCCUUGAGGAACAACCAGUCUAUCAGUACCAGUUUGACUUGGAAAGACACUUCCAACUUGCCUUUGAGCAACUUGCUCUGGAAAGACAACAAGGAAGGGAGCUCCUCGCCCAAGGGGUCUUGGAAAUGCAGAGACUUGCUGCAUCCAUGCUUUGUCACGAGACAACAACCGUGCUGAAAUGAGCACUCCAGACGACAUCAUGACAGCUCAUAUGGCGGGUCUCUCUCUGGCGUAAACGACCAAGGGUAGGCUGGACCCGGUCAAUAUAAAACAAUGGCAAGGAAAAACUGGUAACAACAGCCGAUAUGGCAACCGGUUUUGACAACGGCGGCAAACAAAACAAUG